AUGAAGCAGAAGGUGGAUCAUGCAAGAUGUGAUUUGUUCGAAGGAAGAUGGGUUUUUGAUGAUUUACAUCCUCUAUACGAUUCAACUCACUGCCCCUUCAUUGAGAAUAUUUUCAACUGCCAAAAGAAUGGUCGACCUGACAAACUUUACCAGCAAUAUAGAUGGCAGCCAUCUGCAUGUAACUUACCAAGAUUCAGUGCCGAAGAUUUCUUACAAAGAUUCAAAGAUAAACGCAUAAUGUUUAUUGGAGAUUCACUGAGUUUGAAUCAAUGGCAGUCACUUGCAUGCAUGCUUCACACAGCCAUGCCACACUCUGAGUUCAACAUAGAGAUGCCACCCCUCAAGUACACCACUGAGAGGACCCUUUCCACAUUCACAUUUCCGCAAUACAAUGUUUCGGUGAUGUUUGCGCGCAAUGCAUUUCUUGUUGAUAUUGAAAAAGAGGGUUCUUGGCAAGUUUUGAAACUCAACUCAGUCAAGGACACCAAAGUAUGGGAGGGAAUGGAUGUUUUGAUUUUCAAUACAUGGCAUUGGUUUGUUCACACCGGGAACAUACAACCAUGGGAUUUCAUCCAAGAUGGAGAAAAUACAUACAGAGACAUGAAUCGCUACGUUGCCUUCGAGCAGGCUUUGGAAACAUGGGCUCGAUGGGUGGAUGAGAACAUGGAUCCCUCCAAAACCAAGGUCUUUUUCCAAGGAAUUUCACCCACUCAUUUCAAGUAA